UUGAAGAUCCGAUCUCGGUACAACACGAAGGUGUCGAAUAACUGGCAAGGACGGAUAAGGACGAACAUCCUUCUGAAGAUAUCUUUAAAGGAGUUGUCGAAAAAUUGUCGACCGAGGUUGACAAAGCACUAGCAAUAAUCAAAAAAGGACCAUUUAUCCCGAAGAAGGCAAAAAAAAACAUGGAAAUGAGAAGCCCGAGACCGACUUUCUCAAUACCUUCUUAAUCACUUGUUCAGAAUCCGUAUCUGGUCCCGAUGAGCCGAAGCUACCCCUCAUCGUCAUGAACACUGAACAAUCUAAAUCCAAACUAUUAUUCGCCGUCUUGACCGUGAAAUACGAGGCGCCACGCACUUCGUUUACUCAGGCCCUUAGCCAGACCAAGAUGUAUCUCGAGACUUCGGUAAGGCUCCAUGCCAGUUUUGGAAUUGCCAAUCGUGCAGUCUUUGGUCUCGCGACAAAUAGUGUCAACGGCGCGGUUUUAAUGGUGUGGUGCUCCAUAUCGACAGACGCCGUUUCUAUCGUAGAACGGAAUGUACGAGCAUUUAAUAUCUUCUCGCCUUUACAGGUCUAUCACUUUGUUACGUUCAUUUUGCGUCUUCGCAGAAGCAGCGAUAAAGCGCUGGGAAGAAUAGUUGAAGACGCGUUGGAAAAUACCUCUUUCAAGCAAAGUAGCUGGAACAAACCGAGCAGUCUCAUCGGCUUCCAGAGAUAUCAUUCAGCGGCAAUGAUGUAAAGCAAAAGUAGAAAA